AUGUGUGCACAGUCAUUUUCCAACAUAGACUUAGGUAGCCAGAGCCAGAUUGAAACUGAUAGAAAAAAACGAUGCCGAAAGAAAUACAAAUAUAUGAAAAUGAAAAUUAAGAGCCUAAUACUGGAAAACGCAGCACUAUGUGAUGAGGUGGCCAAAAUACAAGAGAGCAUUCUGAUAGUAAAAGAUGAGAGAAAGUUUUUACUACAUAAACUACUAGAAUAUGAAAAUGAUACUGAAAGUAUUCAUUCUAGUUAUAGAAGUGAUACUUUAGUUAAUUUAAAUGGACCUAAAUCUAAAGUGAAAAAAAAACAACCUUUAGAAGAUAGAUAAAGUUAUUUAUAUAUAAAAGAUAUUUAAUGUAGUUGUCUAUUUAUGUAUUAUAAAUAUUACAAUUGAUUGAUAAGGAUGGUAAUUAUUACAAAAAUACAUUACCGUUUAAAUAUAUUUUGUACAUUGUUCUUCAAAAUGUUUUCCUUAAAGCUUUUACAAUAUCAAAGGAUGAAUUACAAAUGAUGUGGUAGCAGCAUUAAAGUACUCUGGUGUCCCUUUUUUUAAUAUGGGUAGAUGAGCUCAUGACCCACUUAGUGCCAAGUCGUCAUUGGAGCCCAUAUACAUCAACAAUGUAAAUGCUGCCACCCACCGUGACAUGAUUACCAAGUCACAGCUUUUUAAAUUAAACAGUAGCCUUACCCUUCUAACCAAAGCACAUUACUGCUCGUGGCAGAAAUAGGCAGUAGUGGUCCCUACUGGUCAGUCACUAGUCCACAAUCAUAAAUUAGAAGAUUUCCUAUUGAUCACAGAUCAAAUAGGAGAAAUUAUUGUCACUAGUGUUUAAUAUUAUUUUGUUCUAAAUGGCCCACUUGCCAUCUGAGGAACUUAUAGGAAAUUAACUACCCCAGCAUAAACUGGAAACAAUAUUAAUAAAAAAAUAAGCAUUACUCAUUAUUUUCAUAACUUCUUUUGUACACCAGCAAGGUCGAAGGUUUGAAGUCUUUGUGGCUUAAAGGAUAAGACGUUUGGUGCAUUUGUAUUUAGCAAUGCACUAGUGUUGGAAUCACACUGGCAAAUACCAUUUUUCUAAUGAACUACAUAUUAAAUGUUCACAAUUGACUUCCACAGUGAAGGAAUAACAUCGUGUAAUAAAUAUCAAAUGCAAAAAUAAU